AAACUGUCUGGUUUUGUAACAAUUUCCCCGCUGCCGGCCAAUGAGCGGCGUGGCGGCGCGUCACGUGGUGCCGUUUUAUAUAACACUUUGCUGAGACAAGACAGUUAUUAGGCGGCGCGGGGCGGCCGGCAUGGAAGUGGCGGAGGCGCGGCAGGGACCGGCGCACGGCGGCGCGGCGCCUGUGGCAGCCCCGAUUCCCUGCAGCCGUCGCUCCUUGCUCCGGGUCCCCGGUCCUUAGAAGCCUUUUCCCCGCUUGUCCCUCUCCCUAUGGAUUCAUUUCAGACUGGACAGAUGCUGAGCUUGCCCGCCGAGCGUGGCAGUAAUAACUUAGGGCUGGCGGAGCCGGCGGCAUUGGCGGCCCGCGUAGACACGGGCCCCCACUCGGAGGUGGCUACAGAAGGCCCCGCACCUCUACCGACUCAGGAGCCGGAGCAAGAGCAGCCUCCGGGGGCCUCGACGCGGGAGUGCAAAGUCCUGCUCACGCAGGCCGACGCCCUGGCGUCUGGAGGGCGCCUCCGGGAAGCCCUCGAGGUAUACAGACAGCUCUCGGAGCGGCAGCAGCUGGUAGCCGAGCAGCUGGAGCAGCUGGUGCGCUUCCUGGCCGAGAACGUCCCGCAAGGCGAGGCGCUGGCGCCGGCGCCCCCGGACGGGAGCAGCGCGGUGGCGGCGGAGGAGGCAGGGGCUGCAACGGCCGCCGAAGCCACCGAGGUGUGGGACGGCUUCAAGUGCCGGAAGUGCCAUGGAUUUCUGUCAGACCCCGUGUCCUUGUCGUGCGGCCACACCUUUUGUAAACUGUGCCUGGAACGCGGGCGGGCAGCCGACCGGCGCUGUGCGCUGUGCGGGGUCAAGCUCUCUGCGUUGAUGGUGGCCACCGGGCGGACGCGCGGGGCCCGGCGGGCUGGGCAGCAGGCGCAGCCGCCGCUGCGGGUCAACGUGGUGCUCAGCGGCCUCCUCGGCAAGUUGUUCCCGGGCCCGGCACGGGCGUCGCAACUCCGGCACGAGGGCAACCGGCUGUACCGCGAGCGCCAGGUGGAGGCGGCGCUGCUCAAGUACAACGAGGCAGUCAGGCUAGCUCCAAAUGACCACUUGCUUUAUAGCAACCGGUCUCAAAUUUAUUUCACCUUGGAGUCUCAUGAGGAUGCACUGCAUGAUGCAGAAAUAGCAUGUAAGCUCCGCCCAAUGGGUUUUAAGGCACACUUCAGAAAAGCGCAAGCCUUAGCCACCCUAGGCAAGGUGGAGGAAGCACUAAGAGAGUUUCUAUAUUGUGUAUCCCUUGAUGGAAAGAACAAAAAAGCAAGAUCUGAAGCCCAAAGGGAAAAUCCAGAGCUCCCACAUUGUUCUAGUCAGGAGGAAGCAGCAGCCGAGGGGGACUGCAGCAGCCUGGUGAACCCAGCUGAUGUAAAGGGGGAUGGGCAGGAAGACAACAUGAGAAACCAGGAAGAAGAGGAGGAGAAAGGGGAUGUUGCCUUUCCAGAAGCUGCCUCCAUCAAGACAGGCAAAUGCCAGGAAAAGAAAAGGAAACAUUGUCCAAUUGAACCCCAAGACCCAGAGGUGCCUAAUAAAGCCUCUAAGCCAGAUCUUUCUGCAGAUCAGGGGGCUAAGCCUGCUCUCAGUGUUCCGCUCGCAUCUUUUGACGCAUCUGACCUUGAAUGCUCCCUGUGUAUGAGAUUAUUCUAUGAGCCAGUCACAACACCUUGUGGGCACACGUUUUGCUUAAAAUGCCUUGAAAGAUGCCUAGAUCACAAUGCCAAGUGUCCACUGUGCAAAGAUGGUCUUUCACAGUGCUUGGCAUCAAGAAAAUACAGCAAAAAUGUAAUAAUGGAAGAGCUAAUAGCUAAAUUCCUUCCGGAAGAACUCAAGGAACGAAGGAGGCUUUAUGAAGAGGAAAUGGAAGAACUUUCUAACUUAAAUAAGAACGUGCCGAUUUUCGUGUGUACUAUGGCCUAUCCCACGGUUCCUUGUCCCCUGCACAUCUUUGAGCCUUGUUACCGUCUGAUGAUUCGUAGAUGCAUUGAGACAGGCACCAGACAGUUUGGCAUGUGCCUUGGCGAUCCUGUCAAAGGGUUUGCGGAAUAUGGCUGCAUCCUAGAGAUCAGAAACGUUCAGUUCUUUGCCGAUGGCCGCUCAGUGGUCGACAGCAUAGGCAAGAGGCGCUUCAAGGUCCUCCAUCAGGGCCAGCGGGAUGGUUACAACACAGCCGACAUUGAAUACAUCGAAGACCAAAAGGUUCAAGGAGAGGAUUGUGCUGAGCUCAUGGGAUUACAUAACUGUGUCUAUGAGCAAGCAUCAUCGUGGUUUCAUUCACUCAAAUCAUCCUUGAAGAAUCGGAUACUCAAUCACUUUGGUCCAAUGCCAGAGAAAGAUGCUGACCCCCAGAUUAACCCGAAUGGUCCAGCCUGGUGCUGGUGGACGUUAGCGGUUCUUCCAUUGGAGAGCCGAGCUCAGCUCCCUUUCCUAGCAAUGAAGUCCUUAAAGGAUAGACUGAAUGGUAUUCGGCGAGUCCUGGCCUUUAUAUCCCGAAACCAAAACUAGUGAGAGUGGAUUGCUGAAGAGGAGCUCCCAGCCUCCCCACUGCCUUAGGGGAGUCGUCUUGUAAAUAUAUCUAAUUGCAAUAACAUCUUAACAAAAGGAAGUAUCAAACAGGUAUUACCUUGCUGUUGAUCACAGAGAGAAACUGAGUAGAAAGACCAAAAGAAUGUGACCUGUUUGAAACUUUCUAUCUUAAGAUGCUUCUUGACAUGCUGCACAACUCCAUGCACAGCAGAGGUGUUUAAGAGCCCAGAAAAAAAAAAAAUUUGAUUUUGACAUAAAAUUUUCUGAAAAUUUAAAGUGGUUUUGCUUUAAUUUUCUUUUUUUCAUAGGUGAAUGACUUGUGUGGUUGAAAUGUGAAACAAAGAUACUAAUAAUGUUGCUGCGUUAUUUCACUGACUUGAGGUCUCAUUCCAAAUGGUUCAGGUUUUAUAUAGCAUUGUGUAAAAUAAUAUGCAUACUUCUUUCUGUUUUAAUAAUUUAUUUUUUGCACUACUGUAUCCUUUUUUUUCCUACAUGUAUGUUUGUAACUAUUUAAGUUUACAUUACUGAAAAGUCAGUUGCUUUAUUUAUUUAUGUGAUUUACCUGUACCUAGGGGGAAGUAACAAUACUAGAAAUGUGCCAUUUUUGCUUUAACCAUGUUUUACUACAUUUGAUCCCAGUUCUUGAACCAUUUUUGUAUAUAUCCAAUUGGAUGCUUAAAAGGAAGUUCAGAAUCAUGCUAAGAUCAUCUGUCUUCACAGAUUCCACUUUGUUUUCAGUUUGAAUUCAACAAUAUAAAAUACUUAAACGAUUUGGCAUAGAUUAUGGAAUAAGCCAGGGUAAAGUAAAAUAAUCCAUUUUCUAUGUGCUAUACAGAGCAAGGCUAAAGGAAUUAUUUUUUUUGAAUGAAGAGAUGAAUCAGAGGAGUGUCUUUUAUUACAAUCUAUCAUAGGCAUUUAUUUCAGCAAUCUAAUUAUAUCUAAUUUCUCCCCGGUGCAAUUAGGAAUGGGAAUUUUAGGCAGGGUAAUAUUUAACUCUUCAAAGGGAAUGGUUUUCAGUUUGGCACAUCACAGCCAUGUCCAACCAGCCUCCAUACCCCACCUCUUCUGGGAGUUCUAAGGAUCAUGCCCUGGCUGGCACAUGCAGAAACACUUGAUGAAGGACUGUUCAUUAUUAAAAGUGUGAAGAAGCUGGAUAGGGUAGGAGCGUCUAUUAAAAACCAAAGCUAUCUUUUUGGUUUUUAAAUAUUUUGGAGGAACUAGACAAUUAAUCCAUGACUUUAUCUAAGCACUGCCUUUCCUCCUAGUUGCAAUGGGCCAAAGAUUUCAAAAUAGGGAAAGAAUGAUGGGGAAGGAUGUGAGGGUAAACCUUUGUUCAGCUUGCUUAGUGCUACUUUUAUUCCUUUAGCGUCAGGAGAACCUGAAAAAUACCAUGAGUACAGGACAGUUAUAAUGACAGAGUGAAAAGGUUAGGGCAGGGAAGAAGUGAAUUGUGCCAUUUGUACCUUCAUACAAAUUAUCCCCC